CGCCAUGCGUUGAACGUGCCCCUUCUUACGUCUAAUGCACUUCAUGGGCCAACUUCCAGGGAUAUCACAAUCCUUCACCAAACUCUCCAACUUCAAGUACUUGCUUUGUUGACCCAUGAUCAAGUAUUCAAGUUGCAAGCCCAUGAUCUCAACAAAGUGACACACCUUAUUGGCAGGUUGUGAGCUAUCUGAGAAGUAGAGGCAGAGGAGUUGUCGGUGUCCUGAAAGCAGAUUUUAUUCAGCCUACUCAUAAUAAGCAAGAUUUUGAGAGGACUUCCUUGUUUGCAAAGCUUGAACAUCGCUUGAAAUGACGUGGGAAUACUGGGAUUGUCAUUGUCAACUACUUGGGUAUCAGAAAAAGAGGCCUAAGUCUCAGGUCCCCAUUGAUACUUUGCCGCCAAAACCACCUGGCUUUGAAAUACCGGUGGCAUUGAACAAAAGUACCUAUCCACAUAGCACGUUUGAGCAAGUAUCUCCUACUAAGAGGAAAGAGAGACAUGGAUCUAUGGACCUUCAUAAGAUGAAAAAGCAAACAAGGAAACAGGAUUUCUCAACAAGUGUUGGUUGCAAUGAUGAGAAUAUACAGGGCUGCAUUAGAAUGUUGAUUACUACUGCAUGUUCUGAAGACCAAGGCGCUAUACACUUGAUACAAGUGAACACAGAACUCCGUGCAAGGUGACAGAGCUUAGAAGCAAAAUUCAAGACGCUAAGCUUGAGUAUAAUAGCCUUUUGUCUCAAGUGCACAACCAGGACCUGAUGCUAACAUGUAGUGUAGAUGGUACACCUCUUGCAGCCUAGCUUUGUUUCUCCAGAAUUUGUUUUUUUGGUGGAAGGUUCUCUAGUUUGAAACAAUGUUGUAUGAUAUGGGGAUGGAUUCUUCAUGUGAAAAUAUAAACAUGGUCAUGUGCAGAUUUUUUUGGCCCCAAAUAUAGCUCUCGCAAGAGAAUAUAAUAUAUAGUGAAAGUUAUGUGAGAGUUUAGCCCAGUCUAUAUAGAUAGCUAUUUUUACCUGUAAUUAUAUGAAAGUAAGAUACAUCCUAAUAUCUAGCUUUUUGUAGAUAUAUGAUACUAUGAGCUUUAAGUAAUUAAUGCCAUUCUAUAAAUGAGGAUAGA